AUGGAGUCCACAAGAAGGUCGUUCCUGGCUCUCUUUCUGUUGGUGGUGCUUGGGUCAUCCAUUGCCACAGUUGAGGAAGAGAACUCAGAGUUCUGGAGGUCACAGGCGAGGAAGACACUGCAGGCAGCACUAGACAGGAAGCUGAACACCAACGUUGCCAAGAACAUCCUGUUUUUCCUUGGAGAUGGUAUGGGACUCACAACCCUCACAGCAGCUCGUAUUCUCAAGGGACAGCUGGAGAAGCAGCCAGGGGAGGAGACAGUGAUGACCAUGGACACCUUCCCCAAUGUGUGUACUGUGCAGACCUACAGUGUGGACUUCCAGGUUGCAGACAGCGCAGCCACAGCCACAGCCUAUCUGUGUGGGGUGAAGACCAACCUGAACAUCGUUGGAGUGAAUGCGGCGGGUCGCAACGGAGUAUGCAGAACUCAGAAGGGCAACGAGGUGACGUCCAUCUUGAAGUGGGCCAAAGAUGCUGGCAAGUCUGUGGGCAUCGUAACAACCACGAGGGUGCAACACGCCACCCCAGCAGGCAGCUACGCCCACAGUGCCAGCAGGACGUGGUACAGUGAUGCUGAUAUGCCUGAUUCUGCGAAGACGGACGGCUGCACGGAUAUCUCAUUCCAGCUCAUCAACAACACAGACAUUGAUGUGAUCAUUGGCGGCGGUAGAAAGUACAUGACCCCUACUGGUACCAAGGACCCUGAAUACCCCACAGACUACUUUUCAAACGGUAAAAGAAAGGAUGGGCGUGACCUGAUCAAAGAGUGGCAGAACUUAAAAACUGGGAAGGUUGCCCACUAUGUGUGGAAUAAAGCAGAUUUUGACGCUGUUGACCCUGAAACCACUGACUACCUCAUGGGUAUGUUUUUUUCCUCUUUUGCCCCUUCCUUUGCUCCCUCAUGCAUCCCCCUGUUGCUUAAGAGCUAUCAGAAGGCAGUACAUCACUCUCCGUCAUGUUUAACCCCUUCCUUCCUUGUGUUUACAGGUGGGCGUAUUGACCAGGCUCACCAUGCUGGGCGGGCCUCCAUGGCCCUGCAUGAGGCGGUUGCUUUUGACCGUGCUAUCGCUAAGGGCCUCGAACUCACUCAAGAGCAUGAAACUCUCACUGUAGUGAUGGCUGACCACUCUCAGCCUCUUACCUUCAAUGGCUUCCCCUUUCGUGGGAACAGCAUUCUGGGUAAAUCUCCACUGUGGGCAAGUGACAUGUUGCCUUAUACCACGCUCAUGUAUGGCAAUGGACCCGGGCACAAAAUCGUUAAUGGCACACGCCCUGACAUCCGCAAUGUUGACACCAAAUCUAAAGACUACAUCCAGCAGGCAGCUGUCCCCGUAGAUACAACAACCCACAGUGGAGAGGAUGUGGCAGUGCUGGCCCGUGGACCCAUGGCCCACCUCUUCCAGGGUGUCAACGAGCAGAACUAUAUUGCCCAUGCCAUGGGCUACGCUGCCUGCGUGGGUGCUGACCUAAGGCACUGUGAGGGGCAGACUACACCACCUUUGGUUCACAUAACCCUUGAAUAUAACAAGAACGGGGCCGGAGCAGUUAGUGCCUCAGCAGCUUUGCUCGGUAACUUCCUGAGCGUGCUGUUGGCCAUCACAGUCCUCAUGUAAGAGGU